AUGACGUCCACAGCGUCAGCACAACAGCCUGUGCUUAGGACAAAAACGCCCUCCUACCACGCUCCGCCCUCCACCGACCCGCUCUCUGGUGCCACCAUCCACACGCUCCGAUGCUUGGAUACUCCCAUUCAUCUCGGCUAUCACCUCAUUCCUCAUAUCGCCAAGACGCUUCUCUCCACGCUUCCAUCUUCCACCUACGUCCUCAUCACGGACCAAAACCUUGAAGCAAGAUGCAGCGUCACCACCGCCUUUCGUCGUGAAUUCGAAAAGGCUGCCGUCCAUCUUUCCUCGUCUCACUCUUGGAGGCUCCUCACCAAGGUCAUCCCUCCCGGCGAAGCUUCCAAGAGCCGAGAUGGCAAGAAUGCGAUCGAGGAUUGGAUGUUUGAGCAUCGUGUCACCCGAGAUGCCGUCGUCCUUGCUGUUGGUGGUGGUGUCAUCGGCGACCUGGUUGGCUUUGUAGCUGCCACCUUCAUGCGCGGCCUCAAGUUUGUCCAGAUUCCCACCACCCUCCUUGCCAUGGUCGACUCGGCCGUCGGUGGCAAGACCGCCAUCGACCAUCCGCUUGGCAAAAACCUCAUCGGAAGCUUCCACCAGCCCAACUAUGUCUUUAUCGACGCUGCCUGGCUCAAAACGCUUCCCGUCCGCGAAUUCAGCAACGGCAUGGCCGAGGUCGUCAAAACCGCCGCCAUCUGGGACCCCAUCGACUUUGCCAAACUCGAGUCAAGCGCCCCCGCCAUUCGAUCCGCUGUGCUUGGGCCCUUUGCCAAAGACGCUCCGCUCGACCAAGGUAGGACGCUCGAGACUCGCACCGAGUCUCAGUCUCUGCUGCUCGACGUCAUCCGUGGCUCGGUCGGUGUCAAGGCCCACAUUGUCACCAUCGACGAAAAGGAGACUGGCCUCCGCAACCUUGUCAACUUUGGCCAUACCAUCGGUCAUGCCAUCGAGGCCGUCUUGACUCCCGAAAUGCUACACGGAGAGUGCAUCUCGAUCGGUAUGAUCCUCGAAGCCGAGGUCGCCCGCUACAUGCACGGCCUCAGCCAAGUCGCCAUCGGCCGUCUCACCCGCUGUCUCAAGGAGUACGACUUGCCCGUCUCGCUCUCCGACUCGCGCGUCACCCGUCUUGCAAAGUCACUCGAUGUCACCGUCGAUCGUCUUCUCGAUAUCAUGAAGGUCGACAAGAAAAACUCGGGUACCAACAAAAAGAUUGUCCUCCUCAGCUCCAUCGGCGACACGGUCCAAAACAUGGCUUCCACCGUCAGCGACCACAUUAUCCGCCGCGUUCUUUCGCUCGCCGCCACUGUCACGCCCAUCCACGAGCAACCCAACAAGCCCAAGGUCACCCUUUCCACUCCUGGCUCCAAGUCCAUCUCGAACCGCGCUCUUGUCCUCGCUGCUCUGGCCACCAACACCUGCCGUCUUCGCAAUAUGCUCCACUCGGACGACACCCAGGUCAUGAUGGCUGGUCUCCACGAUCUUCAAGCCGCACGCUUCGAGUUCGAAGACGGUGGAGAGACCAUCGUCGUCCACGGCAACGCCGGUGCUCUUGCUCGCCCCGCCAACGACAAGCAGAUCUACCUGCAGAACGCAGGUACAGCUGCUCGUUUCAUGGCCACCGUCGUCAGCCUGGUUCACAACGACGGCAACCAGCACCCCGUCGUCAUUACCGGAAACAAGCGUAUGAAGGAACGCCCCAUCGCUGCACUUGUCGACGCACUCCGAUCCAACGGCACCUCGAUCGACUAUCUCGAGGGCCACGGUUGCUUGCCACUCGCCGUCAAGGGCACCACACACGGUUUCAAGGGAGGCAAGAUCCAGCUCUCGGCCACCAUCUCAUCCCAGUACGUCUCGUCCAUCCUCCUGUGCGCCCCCUACGCUGCUGAGCAAGUCGUGCUCGAGCUCGUAGGCGGCCAGGUGAUUUCACAGCUCUACAUCGAUAUGACCAUCGCCAUGAUGGCCACUUUCGGUAUCAAGGUCGAGCGUCUCCUCGAUCCCACUACCGGUCGUCCCUCCAACACCUACCGCAUCCCCAAGGGCCACUACGUAUCGCCCGACGUCUACGAUAUCGAGAGCGACGCCAGCAGCGCCACUUAUCCUUUGGCCAUCGCUGCUAUCACUGGCACCGAGUGCACCGUCCCCAACAUCGGCUCGGCUUCGCUUCAGGGCGACGCUCGCUUCGCCAAAGAGGUCCUCGAACCAAUGGGCUGCACUGUGGUCCAAACCGCCACCUCCACCACUGUCAUUGGCCCCAAGCUCGGUCAGCUCCGUCAGAUCGGCUUGGUAGACAUGGAGCCCAUGACCGAUGCUUUCCUCACCGCAUCCGUUUUGCUCGCCGUCGCUGCUCACUCGCCCGCCAACGGUUCCACCUCGAACGCUCGACCUUCGACUCGCAUCACCGGAAUCGCCAACCAACGAGUCAAGGAGUGCAAUCGUAUUCGUGCCAUGAUGGACGAGCUCGCCAAGUUCGGCGUCAACACCAAGGAGCACGACGACGGCCUCGAGAUUUUUGGCAUCGACUACCGUCAACUGCACGCCAACGUCCGCGUGCACUGCUACGACGACCAUCGCGUCGCCAUGGCCUUCUCCGUGCUCGCCAGUUUGGCGCCUGGUGCCAUCUUGGAGGAGAAGCGAUGUGUCGAAAAGACGUGGCCCAACUGGUGGGACGAUCUGGAGCGCAAACUCGGCAUCCGUGUUCACGGCGUCGAUCCAGAAUGCUCGCCAAGCCUCUGCAUCUCGCCUUCGCACUUUACCAAGGCCAGCGCUGCGAGCACCAACGGCAAGCCGCCCACUUGCCUCUCCCAGCUGACUUGUGGCAAGGCACUGACCCCACGCAAGUACAGCAAGCAUGCGACCAUCAUCUGUAUCGGCAUGCGUGCUUCCGGAAAGACGUUCCUGGGCGCAAUCGGUGCUGCUGCAUUGUCACGAACUUUCAUCGACGCCGACGUCGUCUUCAACGAGAAGCUCGGCGCCAAGGACGGUCUGGGCGACUUUGUCCGAGAGCACGGAUGGCCUGCGUUCCGUCAAAAGGAGCUCGAGAUUUUGCAAGAACUCAUCGCUCGUCAUCCUAGCGGCGCGCUCAUCUCGCUCGGCGGUGGAGUCGUCGAAACGGAAGCCUGCAGGCAGAUCCUGGCCGAAUAUGCGCAGACCAAGGGUCCGGUGAUCUACAUUGUCCGUGACACGAAUGCGAUCGUCAAGUUCCUGGCUACCAGCGAUCGCCCUGCUUACGGUGAACCAGUAAUGGACGUCUAUCGCCGCCGUAACCCUUGGUUUAGCGAGUGCUCGUCGGCCGAACUCGUCUCGUACUCCGAAGGCGAAUCUUUGGCCAUCCAGCCCUGUGCGAUGAACGUGCCCGACCCUUCGUUCACCAUCCAGAAGAAGUUUGGUCUCGAGACCGAAGUGGCACGCUUCUUCAAGUUUGUGGUGGGACAAGACACGAAUCAGAUCAGAGAUCUUGUGGUCGACAGUCGCAAGGGUGGACGACGCACCUACUUUCUUAGUCUCACGUUCCCGGACGUGGUGCCUAAGCUCGAGCUGAUUCGAAGCAUGGAGAGCGGCUCGGACGCUCUCGAGUUCCGCGCAGAUCUGCUCAACCCGUCUGGCCAACCAGUGACCACGCCCCAAAUUCCUCCGACCGAGUACGUCAAGAACCAGCUCGCCGCGCUCCGUCACCGCACUUCGCUGCCUAUCGUCUUCACCGUGCGCACGCACUCGCAGGGCGGAAUGUUCCCCGAUGGCAAGCAACACGAGUAUUUUGAACUGAUCAGCCUCGCGCUUCGUCACGCUUGCGAGUACAUCGACCUCGAGCUUGGAUGGGAUGACGAUCUGCUCUCGGCCGUCGUGCAAGCCAAGGGCAACAGUCAGAUCAUUGCCUCCUGGCACGAUUGGUCGGGCCGUCUGGAUUGGGAGAGCGAGUCGACAGCCAAGAUCUACGAGAAAGCAUGCCGCUUCGGCGAUAUUGCCAAGAUCAUCGGCAAGGCUACUACGAUGGAGGAUAACUACAGCUUGGAACGCUUUCGCGCCAAGGUGUCGGCGACGGCGACCAAACCUCUGCUCGCCGUCAACAUGGGGUCCGUCGGUCAGCUCAGUCGGAUCGUCAACCCGGUGUUCACGCCCAUCACGCACGAAGCCAUGCCGUUCAAAGCUGCGCCUGGACAGCUGUCGUUCCGACAGGUGCAAACCGCUCUGUCUCUGAUCGGACAGGCUGAUGCGCGUCGAUUUGCGCUGUUUGGCAGCCCCAUCGGCCACAGUCUGAGCCCGUUGUUGCACAACACCGGUUUCGCAGCUCUCGGUCUACCGCACCAGUACGAGCUGUUGGAGUCGACCGAGAUUAAUGAUGCCGUAGCUGCGUUUGUGCGAUCGCCCGACUUUGGCGGCGCUAGCGUCACGAUCCCUCACAAGCUCAACAUUAUCAAGCUGUUGGACGAGGUGACAGACGAGGCGAAAACGAUCGGUGCUGUCAACACAAUCAUCCCAAUUCGAGAUGCUCAGGGCGUCGUGACUUCGCUCGUUGGAGACAACACGGACUGGAUUGCGAUUGAGACGUUGGCAAGGCGAUCGUUGCGAACGGUGCAUUUGGCGGAUCCCAACCUGACGGGUUUGGUGAUCGGUGCUGGCGGAUCGGCGCGUGCUGCCUUGUUCGCGCUGUACAGGCUGGGCGUGAAGCGGAUUCUACUGUUCAACCGAACACUUGCCAACGCCGAGAAGCUCGCUCGCGAGGUACCGCCGGAAUGGAAUGUCAGCGUCCUCACUUCGCUCGACGAGGUUGCUCAGCUUUCUGCGGACCAAUCGCCGUCUGUGGUGGUCUCCAACAUCCCGGCUGAAGGCUCUACCCUGGACGCAUCUUCGCGCGGUCUGAUCCAUCUCCCGACGUGCAUGCUCCGAAAUCCUGCUGGAGGUGUGGUGAUCGACAUGAGCUACAAACCGCACUACACGUCUCUGCUGCAACUUGCACAACAGGUCAACACCAACCACGAGCUAGCUAUUGGUACCAAUGCUACCAAGGCUCCCACAAGGAAGCUGUGGGCCGCCGUUCCGGGCAUAACAAUUCUCUUGGAGCAGGGGUGUCAUCAGUUCCACCGAUGGACAGGUAGGGAGGCGCCUAGGGCGCAGAUCGAGGCUGCUGCUUGGGACGUUUAUCUGCAGCGUUGCUAG